AGGGAGACAGCGGAGGAAAGUGUACCUUUGCUCUCCUAUAUCUACUACAAGUGCUCAUCACGCCAGACAGCUUGCGUACAGGGUUACAGGAGGACCCGCGUGUGACCGCCCUGUUCAGCAUCCCCCUGUCAGUUCAGUCUUUUCCUUGCAUGCUUUUUCGUUUCCUCCUCUAGUCCUUUGAAGGAUUCUCCCUUUUUCAAACAAAUCCAAAGGAGUUUGUCUGGCUUUAGAGAGGCAGCUUGUGAGCAGGCGAGCUGGGACAGAAGUUCUCUGUCAAAAACUAUUCACUUUCAUUAGCAAAAGUGUUCUGGCUCCCAUCAGAGGACUACCUCCCUGCAUAAAAUGAGUGGAUGUCGAAAACGGUGUAAACGUGAAAUACUGAAAUUCGCCCAGUAUCUUCUCAGGCUAAUUACAGGGUCUCUCCAUACAGACAGCGUAGAAGAUGAAAUGGAAAUGGCCACUGUGCGGCAUCGACCCGAAGCCCUCGAACUGCUGGAAGCACAGAGCAGAUUCACAAAGAAGGAGCUUCAGAUUCUGUACAGAGGGUUCAAAAAUGAAUGUCCCAGUGGGAUUGUUAAUGAAGAGACCUUCAAAGAGAUUUACUCUCAGUUCUUCCCACAGGGAGAUUCCACAACAUACGCACAUUUUCUGUUCAACGCAUUUGACACAGAUCACAACGGAAGUGUGAGUUUUGAGGAUUUUGUUAUGGGCCUUUCAAUUUUACUCCGGGGGACGGUGCAAGAAAAACUCAAUUGGGCUUUUAAUCUGUAUGAUAUAAAUAAGGACGGCUGUAUAACUAAAGAGGAAAUGCUGGAUAUUAUGAAAGCUAUAUAUGAUAUGAUGGGGAAAUGCACUUAUCCUGUUGUCAAAGAAGAUGCCCCGAGACAACACGUGGAAACGUUUUUCCAGAAAAUGGACAAGAACAAAGAUGGCGUGGUCACCAUAGAUGAAUUCAUUGAAAGCUGCCAAAAAGAUGAAAAUAUAAUGCGUUCCAUGCAGCUCUUUGAAAAUGUGAUCUAACUCCACGCAGUUCUUUCUUCAAUAAAUGGACGGUUAUAAACAAUCCUGCAACAACAAAUCCAUAAUGCUGUUGCCACUUUUACCAUAAAACAGGAUUGCUCAGCUUUACACGGAUGUGUAUAACGCAAAUAAGUUUCGUUUAAUCAAAGCCUUCCUACGGAGACCGUAUUUUUCCAGUAGUUGAGGUAAAAUAGUUCUCUUAAACAACGCUCACGUAGUUGUCCUUAAAAAAAAGUUCAUUUGAUUCAGAGAAUAAUCCAAAGAAACCAAAAUGAAAAUGGAAUUAUCACCUCCAAAACUUCAUAGAAGAGAUCCAGGAGAGAGGAAGAGGGCAGGAUCUGUUACUUGUUUCUAUUAGAGGAGUUUAUACACAAUUCUCAGUUAAAGGUAUUACAGCUAAUUACAGUUUGGGCACAAUCCGCCUUGGGUGCAGUAGAGUCCUGUUUCCUCUGCCUUCCCUUAUGCUGACAUCACAACAGAUCACUACUGGGAAGGGGAAGUCUCCAUGCAUUGAGCCUGCCCAUGUCCCCUAUUCCCCGAAAUGAUGCAGCACACAUCAUACUUGUCAAAUGUAUGUUUGUGCCCAGAGCUGGAAGGGACCCUAAGGGUCAUCUAAUCCAACCCGCCCCGCCCCCCCCCCCGAAGACACGCAGACUCCAUUAUGCUCAGUGGAGAAUCUGUCCGCAUAAGGGUUGGCCAUCUUUGCGUAGUAACCUGCAAUUAUUUUUUUAACUUCACAAUCAACCCAUUUUAUAAAAGAAUGUUUUUUUUUUAUAGUAAAUGGAUACUGGAUCAAUUUAUUGAAUGGUUGCCUAUGGCAAACAUCUUCCAUCUUUUAAGAUCACCAGUUUAUGUAAAAUUCUGUCUGAAUUUUAACUAAAGUGUUACGCUCCCACAUAAAGGACAGAAAUUAGCUUUACAAUGAGUGCUGCUUUGUUUAACUAAAGCAACUGUAUGAAGGAACUGAACUACUACUUUUUAACUGUGGGACUGGCCCAAAAUUAGUAGUAAAAAAGGAACGAAUGUAUUUUUAAGUUUCUAAGCACUCACUGCUCAGGAUACAUAGCAGAAUAGAGUCAUGCCGGACACUAGACUGCAAGUUUUGAAAUUAUUUUUCUCCUCUGACUAUGGUGGAAGAUGCAUAAGUUCAUUAGAACAGUUAUGUAAGAGCAGUGGUGGUAAUGGGGUUUUUUGGAAAGGGGAGGCAACUUUUUUUUCUUUAAAGGCUACUAGAGGGAAGAGGGAAGAAGCAUGUGUCAAGAUGGAGCAGUAAUGGGUACAAGAAGCGCCCUUCUACUUUCCUCCCUGCCUUUUUACACAGACAUCAUUGCUGAACUGUAGCCAGCAAAGAGGCGUCUUCCCCCCCUCCCCUCCAACAUAUUCAAAUCAUUCUUACAUGCCUGCCCACAAGCAUAUAACUACUGGUACCAGACAAUUGCAAACCUUAAUUGUGACAUUUCUGCACAAAGGAUCUGAAGAGCUUACAGAAGUCCAAAGAGAGCUGCAAACUGUUUUUGCAAAAAUAUAAGUAAAGCAGGCAUCUAUUCUGGUGUAGAGAUGGGAAUGAGGCAUGUUGAAGGCUGCUCUGCUAUCACCAGUGUAGGAAUAUGAGUAGUACAAUACAUGUACACUUGAAAUUUGCUGUAGUGUUUGUGAAAAUUAUAUGUGCACUUUAAUAAAAAAAAUAAUAUGAAAAAUGCA